AUGCCUGCUUCCCUGAAAAAAUUUGAGGCUGUCUUCCCUGCACUGGUGGAAGACCUCCGAAAGCAAUGUUGUGAGCAGUACCAACUUCCCAUCGAAGUAUGGCAAUGGUUCGAAAAGUCCCUCGUCCAUAAUACUAUGGGUGGAAAAUGCAACCGCGGUCUCUCCGUAAUCGACACCAUACAGCUCCUCCUAGGUCGCGACCUGACGAAAGAAGAAUACUUCCAAAGCGCGACACUGGGAUGGAUGAUCGAGCUACUGCAAGGAAUGAUGCUCGUACUGGAUGAUAUUAUGGACGUCUCGGAGACUCGAAGGGGGCAGCCAUGUUGGUAUCGGAUGCCCGAGGUGGGCAUGACUGCUGUGAAUGAUGGGCCGAUGUUGGAGAGUGCGAUUUAUGUGCUUUUGAGGAAAUAUUUUCGGAAUCAUCCUGCAUAUAUCGAUAUGUUAGAAUUAAUCCACGAAGUAACUCUUCAGGUUGAACUGGGCCAAUGCUGCGAUAUGCUCACCGUACCAUCAGACCAAGUCAACCUAGAUAAUUUUAAUCUCGAGAGAUACACCCAGAUUAUGACCUACAAGACAUCCUAUUACAGCUUCUACCUGUCUGUCGCUCUGUCCUUAUUAUACACCAGUCGGGCAACACCACUUAAUCUCUCACAAGCUAAGGACAUCCUCACCUCCAUGGGCGAAUAUUUUCAAAUCCAGGACGACUACCUGGACAAUUUCGCCGACCCGAUGGUAUUGGGUAAAAUCGGGACAGAUAUCCAGGAUAAUAAGUGUUCCUGGCUUGUGAAUCAGGCUUUGAAGAGAUGUACACCUGAGCAGAGGAAGGUUCUGGAGGAGAAUUACGGUCGCAAGCACAGUAAAGUUGAAGAGUAUGUGACGAAGAUCAAGGAACUUUAUGACCAGAUGGGGUUGGAGAGGGCGUAUUUAGAAUACGAUGAGAGGAAAGUGGUGGAGAUUAGGUCGAGGAUCGAAGAAGUGGAUGAGAGUCAGGGGUUGAAGAAGAAUGUUUUUGAGGAGUUUUUGAAGAAGAUUUACAAGAGGAGUAAGUGA